AUGGCCCGGCCGCGCCAGAAGUCGCGGCAGUCCGGCUCUGGCCUGGCUCGUCCGCGCAAGAAGUCGCGGCAGUCCGGCUCUGCUCGUGUUGGGCAACCGAAACAGAGGGAUGCACUCAAGGAGCAGAUGUUACCUGCUAGAGGAUAUGAGUUGCCGGUGACCAAAAACCCGUCGGUGCAGUUCGAUGUAGUAGGGCCGACGGGACAUCCUGGCUCCAGCAGCCUGGCAGCGCUCGCCGUCGGGCUCGCGAGGCGCCUUGCCAAUGGGAGCGCGGACGACAACCUAGUCUUCUCGCCGCUGUCCAUCUACACCGCUCUGGCGCUCCUGGCCGCGGGCGCCCGGGAUGCCACACUGGACGAGAUCCUCGGCGUGCUCGGCGCACGGUCGCGCAGCGAGCUCGAGAACUUCGUGUCACACAUGGCGGCGGACGCACUCCAAGACAGGUCCGCCUCGGGCGGCCCCUGCAUAGCAUUCGCGUGUGGCAUCUGGAGCGACCUGACGCGGCGUCUGAAGCCGGCCUUCCGUGAGGCCGUCGUGGGCACGUACAAGGCCGAGGCCAGCACCGUCGACUUCCGCGGCGCUCCGGAGGCGUCACGGAAGCAGAUCAACGCGUGGGCGGCUCAGGUGACGAGGAACCUCAUCGACUCGGUCCUCCCGGCGGGGUCGAUAAGCCGGGCGACCCAGGUCGUGCUCGGCAACGCCAUGUACUUCAAGGGCAAGUGGCAGGACCAGCCGUUCGACAAGAGGUACACCGCACACAAGCCCUUCCACCGGCUCGACCACAGCCAGGUCGACGUGCCCUUCAUGCAGAGCUGGAAGUCACAGUUCGUCGCCGUGCACGACGGGUUCAAGGUACUCAUGCUCCAGUACAAGAUGGACCACCUGCCGCGGCAGCGGAUCGCCCUCGGCGAGUUUCGGGUGCCAAAGUUCAAGCUGUCCUUCCACAGCAGCGUCGUCGCCAUCCUCAAGAAGCUGGGGCUCGCGCUGCCAUUCUGCCUGGAAGGCGACCUAUCUGACAUGGUGGAGGACGACGGCUCUGGCUUGCCGAUUGUAGUGGAGGAUGUCAUCCACAAGGCCGUCGUCGAGGUAAACGAGGAAGGUACUGAAGCCGCCGCCGCUACUAUGGUCAGGAAGGGUAUUGGAUGCGCACCAAGGGGGAGGAGGCCGCCGCCUCCAGAAGUGGAUUUCAUUGCCGAUCAUCCGUUUGCUUACUACAUGGUGGAGGAGGCGACCGGCGCAGUUGUCUUUGCGGGGCAUGUCCUCGACCCCUCCAAGGAGUAA